AUAAAUUCCUUCAUAGUUCCAAACCAAUACAACAUUCAAGAAAAAAGAAGAAGCCUCUGGACUACGCAAUAUUAUUACACAGUAGAUUCCAAUUGUUCUUUCCACUAUUCCAACUCACUCUCGAAUUAAUACUACUUACUUUGCUGGCAAACUCAGAAUCGCCGAAAACAAAAUUCCUCACUCGGUUUUGUGAAUUUGAUUACUUGCACUUGCUGGUCGCUUUGAUUAAGCAAUGGCUGACAUUCAAAUGGGAGACAGAGACACAGAGACCUUCGCGUUUCAGGCAGAGAUCAACCAGCUUUUGAGUCUCAUCAUCAACACCUUCUAUAGCAACAAGGAAAUCUUCCUUCGUGAGCUCAUCAGCAAUGCUUCUGAUGCGUUGGAUAAGAUCAGAUAUGAGAGCUUGAGAGACAAGAGCAAGCUUGAGAGUCAACCCGAGCUCUUCAUUAGGAUUGUACCAGACAAAGUCAACAAGACCCUCUCAAUCAUAGACAGCGGUAUAGGCAUGACUAAAGCAGAUUUGGUGAACAACUUGGGAACAAUAGCAAGGUCAGGAACCAAGGAGUUCAUGGAGGCGUUGCAGGCUGGAGGUGAUGUGAGCAUGAUUGGGCAGUUUGGUGUUGGAUUCUACUCGGCUUACCUUGUUUCUGACAAGGUUAUUGUGACUAGUAAGCACAAUGAUGACGAGCAGUACAUCUGGGAGUCUCAGGCUGGUGGCUCUUUCACUAUCACCAGGGAUGUCAAUGGCGAGCCCUUGGGUAGAGGAACAAAGGUCACUCUUUUCCUCAAGGAAGACCAGUUGGAGUACUUGGAGGAGAGGAAAUUGAAGGACCUUGUGAAGAAGCACUCUGAGUUCAUCAGCUACCCCAUAUACCUCUGGACUGAGAAGACCAUUGAGAAAGAGGUCAGUGAUGAUGAAGAUGAUGAAACCAAGAAGGAAGAGGAGGGUGACGUAGAGGAUGUUGAUGAGGAAAAGGAAAAGAAGUCUAAGAAGAAAAAGGUUAAGGAGGUGACCCACGAGUGGCAACUCGUCAACAAGCAGAAACCAAUUUGGCUGCGAAAGCCUGAGGAGAUCACCAAGGAAGAGUAUGCCUCUUUCUACAAGAGCCUCACAAAUGACUGGGAGGAUCACCUUGCUGUGAAGCACUUCUCUGUUGAAGGGCAACUUGAGUUCAAAGCCAUCCUUUUCGUUCCUAAAAGAGCCCCAUUUGAUCUAUUUGACACGAGGAAGAAGUUGAACAAUAUCAAGCUCUAUGUGAGGAGGGUGUUUAUCAUGGACAACUGUGAAGAACUCAUUCCUGAGUAUCUCAGCUUUGUGAAGGGUGUGGUGGAUUCUGAUGAUCUCCCACUCAAUAUUUCCCGUGAAACGCUACAACAAAACAAGAUUCUCAAGGUCAUUAGGAAGAACCUGGUGAAGAAGUGCAUUGAGAUGUUCAAUGAGAUUGCAGGGAACAAGGAGGACUAUGCCAAAUUCUAUGAAGCUUUCUCCAAGAAUAUUAAGUUGGGAAUCCACGAAGAUAGCCAGAACAGGACUAAACUGGCUGACCUGCUUAGGUACUACUCAACUAAAAGUGGUGAUGAAAUGACCAGCUUGAAGGACUAUGUAACAAGAAUGAAGGAGGGUCAGAAAGAUAUCUAUUACAUAACUGGUGAGAGCAAAAAGGCUGUUGAGAACUCACCUUUCCUUGAGAAGCUGAAGAAGAAGGGCUAUGAAGUCCUCUUCAUGACUGAUGCCAUUGAUGAGUAUGUUGUUGGACAGUUGAAGGAAUAUGAUGGGAAGAAGCUUGUUGCUGCCACAAAGGAAGGGCUUAAGAUAGAGGAUGACUCUGAGGAAGAGAAAAGGAAAAGGGAGGAAAAGAAGAAAUCAUUUGAGAACCUGUGCAAGACAAUUAAAGACAUUCUUGGGGACAGGGUGGAGAAAGUGGUGGUCUCUGACAGGAUUGUAGAUUCACCUUGCUGCUUGGUCACUGGGGAAUAUGGAUGGACAGCUAACAUGGAAAGGAUCAUGAAAGCACAGGCUCUAAGGGACAACAGCAUGAGUUCUUACAUGUCAAGCAAGAAGACAAUGGAGAUUAACCCAGAUAAUGGCAUUAUGGAAGAGUUAAGGAAAAGGGCUGAGGUUGACAAGAAUGACAAGUCUGUGAAGGACCUAGUGUUGCUGCUCUAUGAGACUGCCCUCUUGACUUCUGGGUUCAGCCUCGACGAACCCAACACAUUCGCCUCAAGAAUUCACAGGAUGCUGAAGCUGGGUCUGAGCAUUGAGGAGGAUGAGAGUACUGGUGAGGAUGCUGAAAUGCCUGCAUUGGAGGAGGAUGGCAAUGAGGAGAGCAAGAUGGAGGAAGUCGACUGAAAGAGACGAAGUGGCAUCUUUUGGCAAAAUAACAUUAAGUCUGCUAAGAAAGGACUCAAAAUCAUCAGUGGGUUUCUGUUAUUUGUUGUUGUGGAGUGACGGUUUUCUUUUGGUUUUCAGUUUUUGCUUUUUCUAGCCUUUUAGUUUCUAGCUUUUGUUUCGGGUAUCUGUGGAUGGUUGUAAUUGUCGUUAUCUACCAUGUUGCUCUUAGUGACUUGUAGUCUUGUAAUAUGUUUUCAAGAUAUAUAUAUAAUUCUACCGUGUUACUCUUUUAA